AUGCUGGUCCCCGCCCUCCUCGUCCUCUUAUUCUGCCUCAGAGGGCGUGCAGGCCUGUCACCCCACUUCCUGCAACAGCCCGAGGACCUGGUGGUCCUGCUAGGGGACGAGGCCCGGCUGCCCUGUGCCCUGGGCACAUACUCGGGAGUGGUCCAGUGGACUAAGGAUGGGCUGGCUCUAGGGGGUGAGAGGGACCUGCCAGGGUGGUCCAGGUACUGGAUAUCAGGGGAUGCAGCCAGAGGCCAGCACGACCUCCACAUCAGGCCUGUGGAACGAGAGGAUCAAGCAUCAUAUGAGUGUCAAGCUACACAGGCAGGCCUCCGCUCUCGACCAGCCCAGCUGCAUGUGCUGGUGCCCCCAGAAGCCCCUCAGGUGCUGGGCAGCCCCUCUGUGUCUCUGGUUGCUGGUGUUCCUGCAAAUCUGACCUGUCGGAGCCGUGGGGAUGCCCGCCCUACCCCUGAGCUGCUGUGGUUUCGUGAUGAGGUCCAGCUGGAUGGGGCUACCUCCUAUCAGACCCUGCUGAAGAAAGGGACCAUUGAGUCCGUGGAGAGCAUCUUAUCCUUUACCCCUUCCAGCCAUGAUGAUGGAGCCACCUUGGUCUGCCGGGCCCGAAGCCAGGCCUUGCCUGGGGGAAAGGACACAGCUAUCACACUGAGCCUGCAGUACUCUCCAGUGGUGACUCUGUCUGCAGAACCACAGACUGUGCGGGAGGGAGAGAAGGUCACUUUCCUAUGCCAGGCCAGGGCCCAGCCUCCUGUUACGGGCUAUCGGUGGGCAAAAGGGGGCUCCCCAGUGCUGGGGGCCCGAGGACCAAUGUUGGAGGUGGUGGCCGACGCCUCGUUCCUAACUGCGCCAGUGUCCUGUGAAGCCAGCAACGCUGUGGGUAGUGCCAACUGCAGCACCGCACUGGAUGUACAGUUCCGACCGAUUCUACAGGCAAAGCCGGAGCCUGUGUCUGUAGACCAGGGGGAAGAAGCUUCCUUGAGCUGUGCCUGGCUCGGGAACCCGCUCCCACGGGUAACCUGGACCCGCCAUGGGGGUGCACAGGUGCUGGGCUACGGGUCCACGCUGCGUCUUCCCGCGGUCGGGCCGGAGGAUGCCGGCGACUACGUGUGCAGGGCCGAGGCGGGGCUCUCCGGCCUAGGGGGCGGCGCUGCAGAGGUUAGGUUGACUGUGAACGCUCCCCCAGUAGUGACCGCCCUGCAUUCAUCGACUGCCUUUCUGAGGGGCCCCGCCCGCCUCCAGUGUCUGGUCUUCGCCUCCCCCGCCCCAGAAGCCGUGGUCUGGUCUUGGGAUGAAGGCUUCCUGGAGGAGGGUUCCAGGGGUCGGUUCCUGGUGGAGACCUUCCCAGCCCCGGAGGGCCGAGUUGGACAGGGUCCAGGCCUGAUCUCUGUGCUACACAUUUCGGGAACCCAGGAGUCUGACUUUAGCCGGGGCUUCAACUGCAGUGCUCGUAACCGGCUGGGUGAGGGAGGCACCUGGAUCAGCCUGGGCCGUAGAGACGUGCUGCCUACUAUGCGGAUUGUGGCUGGGGUGGCCUCCUUGGUCACGACUCUCAUUGUAGUCAUCACUGGGGUGGCCCUCUGCUGCUGGUGCCAAGGCAAGGCCUCUUUCUCCAAGCAAAAGAACCAGGUUCGCAUACCAGGCAGCAGCCAUGGUUCCAGUUUGCGGGGCCCUGAGGAAGAGGAGACAGGCAGCAGUGAGGACCAGGGCCCCAUCAUGCACAUGGACAGCAGUGACCUGGUUCCGGAUGAAGAGGGGCCUCUGGAGACUAAGGACCCAACCAAUGGUUACUACAAGGUUCAAGGAGUCGGUGUGAGCCUGAGCCUUGGCAAAACCCCUGGAGAUGGCCUCUUCCUGCCACCCUCUCCCCCGCUUGGACCUCUGGGUAGCCCUCCUUUCUAUGACUUCAACUCAUACCUAGGCAUGCCUCGCCCCUGCAAACUGUCUAGAGCCCAGGCAGGUUAUCUCACCACACCCCAUUCUCGAGCUUUUACCAGCUACAUCAAACCCACAGCCUUCGGGCCCCCAGAUAUGGCCCCCAGGACUCUCCCAUUCCCAUAUGCUUCCUUCCCCACACCUGGCCACUCUCGUCUCCAAACACAUGUGUAGCAUCUCUCCAACUCAAAAAUGCUGGGAUCUUCAACUUGCCAUACAGAUUGUCCUGAUUUCUAA